AUGGCUCUGUUUGACAUCAGGUUUACCGAGCAACAACGAAAACAACUUCAACGUUGGUUGAUAGCGUUGAUAUUUGGUCAGGCAGCGAUUGGGCUCGCACUUUUUCUCCUUGGAGUCUGCGUUUCUAGUUCAAUUGGAGCGAAUCUGCAUUCCGUGGAUCGAAUAGUCGUUGAUUGGGUCUUCACCGUUCUAGCGAUGUACGGUCUAUAUGUCCUGACUCAUAACCUUGUUGGUGCAAAACUUUGCUCCAAUUUCAUCCGAUUCGCCGAAGGUUCUGGAAUGAGUUUACGUUUGUUCGUCUGGACGUUGGUGGGAAUAAUAGUUGUCGGCGUUGGUUGCGUUCUCGGUAGUGUUUCCCUCAUUACGGCAGAUCAUUUGAUUUCUCAAAUCCGUCGAUCGCUUAACCAAGGCAUGAUGCAAUACCUGGCCGAUCCAAAAUGGAAACGUACUUUGGAUAAAAUGCAAGUACAGAUGAAAUGUUGCGGAAUAGAAUCGUUUACAGACUGGCAUAAAAUAUUUUGGAUGCGCCGAGAUGUCUUUGAGGAAGAUUCGUCAAUUAUUUUGGAGUACGCUGAGCUGGAUGGGCGCGUGUUGCCUCCGGUGGUUCCAUGGAGCUGCUGCCGAUUUGAUGUGAAAAGCCCUUGCUACCAUGACCCAUUCCAACUACAAAAUCCCGAGCAAGAUCUUGCAGCAGAUACCCUACACGUACAGGGUUGUCUUACCGCUAUGAAAGGACCCGUGCUUGGAGCCUUGUUUACCACAGUCGUUCUUCUAUUCCUCCAAUUCGUUUUGCAGGUCGUGAUCAUUCUACUUUCAAGACUCACGUUUACAGCUGCUAGGAACGCUGUCGCUCUUGGAAAUCGAAAUGGACAAUCUUCAGGGUGGAUCUACGGUCGGCUAGAUUUUGGUAACGCUACAGGACCGAAUUUGUAUCAAAUACAUCGAAAAUGUAGUGGCCGAGGUGACGUCUUGGUAGACCUGAAACCUUUAGUAUACACCAGUGACACGGAAUGAAAAAGAAGCCAACUAUUCGCGACGCUUGCUGAAAGUUGAAAUUGUAACUUUUUAAAGUGUAUUGAAACAAAGUGAGAGACUACAUUAGUCCAAAUUGACAAAAUUUAUUCCGGAAUUCGUAAUAGCUGAAUACAGAAAGUCGAAAGUAUUAUACAUAUAUCAAAUCAAUUAUCCACAACGAUCCUGCAAAUAUAUUUUAAGUUCAAGAA